UAAAGCAAUAUUUACUCAUUGAAGAAAAUUUGGAAUAUAACGAAGUAUUAAGAACUAAAUGAAAUCUCUGCAACUCAAGAUAACAGCUUUUAUGAUUCUGUUACUUUCUUUUCUCCAUGUGUACAGUAAUAUUUAUAGUGCAUUUUACCACCACAAGUUACCACACCAUCAGUGUUUUUCCAUGUUAUUAAAUAUUUUGUGUGCCAGGGACUGCGGAUACCAAGACAAUCAACAUGUGGUCCUACUCAAUAUUAGUGAUGAUGAACCAGGUUAUGACCUAAAUUUAUUUUGUAUACCUAAUCAUUAUGCUGAAGAUUUGGAAAGGGUAUUUAUUCCUCAUGGACUUAUCAUGGACAGACCAUACCAGGGAGAAGAUCCUUUAAACACACUUAGGCACUUGUUCAGCUUUAUCAGAAUGGGAAUUCUGGGUCAAGAGGAAGACAUUUAUUGAAUAUUUUUGUACUGCCAUAUUAUCCUCCAAGAAGUUGUAUCGUAAGUUUAUGUUCCUAAUGAUAUAUGAGAGUCCCCUUUUGCUCCCAAUCUUUUCUAAUAUAUAAUCAGAGAAAUGUCAUUUAAUCAGAAUCUGCUAAUCUAAU